CCAUAAAAUAAUCAGACUUGCAACAAUCAAGUGGUCUCUCACUAGUUAAAAUCUUGUCGCCUCAGACCUCUAAAGCCCUAAUAAGUCCGGGAGCCACGACGAGCAGACAACUAUUCUCUUUGGCCUGUAAUAAAAUGGCUUCUAUGAUGUUCACCGACUGCUCCUCCAUGUCCUCAACUCUCUUACACGUCAACGGCCGCCGAGGCGCCAUUCUCUUCCGUCACUGCGUCGGCCAGCUCCGCCUCCGGAGCACUGCCUCUGCCCGUGGCUGCUCCAUCUCCAUCCGCUGCUCCUCUUCUCCCUCUUCUGCCACUUCAAUUGAUGGGAAGGCUGUGGCAAAAACCAUUAGAGAUGAGAUCACAGUCGAUGUUUCGAGGAUGAAGGAAUCUAUCGGCGUGGUUCCUGGAUUAGCCGUGAUUCUUGUCGGUGACAGGAAAGAUUCGGCAACUUAUGUGAGGAACAAGAAGAAAGCUUGUGACUCCGUUGGAAUCAAAUCGUUGGAAGUUCGUCUAGCUGAAGAUUGCUCCGAGGAACAAGUGUUGAAAUCCAUCUCCUGCUUCAACGAUGAUCCAUCUAUCCAUGGAAUCCUUGUUCAGCUGCCUCUUCCAUCGCAUAUGGAUGAGCAGAACAUUUUGAAUGCGGUUAGUAUAGAGAAGGAUGUCGAUGGAUUCCACCCGCUUAAUAUUGGACGACUUGCCAUGCGUGGUAGAGAGCCGUUAUUCGUUCCGUGUACUCCUAAGGGGUGCAUCGAGCUGUUGCAUAGAUACAAUGUUGAGAUCAAAGGGAAAAGAGCUGUUGUUAUUGGAAGGAGUAACAUUGUCGGUAUGCCAGCUGCUCUGUUACUGCAGAGGGAGGAUGCAACUGUUUCCAUUAUCCAUUCAAGAACCAAGAACCCUGAAGAAAUCACUCGGGAAGCUGAUAUCAUAAUUGCAGCGGUUGGGCAACCAAACAUGGUUAGAGGAAGCUGGAUUAAACCGGGUGCCGUCAUUAUUGAUGUUGGGAUUAAUCCUGUCGACGAUCCAAAUGCUCCGCGUGGUUAUCGUUUGGUUGGAGAUGUUUGUUAUGAGGAGGCUUGCCAAAUUGCAUCAGCCAUCACACCUGUUCCUGGUGGUGUAGGACCAAUGACCAUAGCUAUGCUCCUUUCCAAUACCUUAAUAUCGGCCAAGAGAAUUCACAACUUUGAGUGACCUUGUAGGAAGAUUGAUGUUUUUUUUUUUUUUUUUUUGAUUUAAUAAGGCUUUUCUCGGAUACAAUAGUUUGGUAUGGUCUUUUAUUAAAUGUCUCUUUUUUGGUUGUAUGAAGCUAAACACAUGUUCUUUUCUAAUGGAAGAAAAUGCCCUUUUGGUUUUAACAA